CAAGCAAACCAGGAAAUAAUGAUUUAAAUGUACAAUGUUUGGUACCAGAAACAGAGGACGUCAAGCCUGAUACAAACUGUUUAGCCUCGUAACGUCCCCUAAAAAAGAUUAACGUUUGGCUGCUUGUAGCGUUCAAGUCUACGCAGACCACUAAACUUUGUGUCUGUCCUGGACAUUUGUAUCGAUAAAGUUUGAAUUUGAACCGCAUACCACUGCUAACAUGAUGGCGGCUGAUCAAACUGUUCACGGAGUUCCUCCUUCCCUGUCUGCUAAAGUGGUUGGGUCAUUUGCCUAUUUGACUGUGAGAGACAGAUUGCCAACCAUCCUGACUAAAGUUAUUGACACAAUACAUCGCAACAAAAACAAGUUUUUCGAAGAAUAUGGAGAGGAGGGUAUCCAGGCAGAGAAGCAAACAAUAGGUCUGCUGUCUAAGAUGAGGAAUGAGCUGCAAACUGAUAAGCCAGUAAUACCACUGACAGACAGCUUGCAAGACGCGGAGUGUUGGAACCAGUAUCUGCAGAAACAUCAGAAACUGCACGGAGACCAGGAGUCUGUCAGCUGGUUCAAGUCCCCAUGGCUGUAUGUGGAGUGCUACAUGUACCGCAGGAUACAUGAGGCCCUCUGGCUGAAUCCUCCCAUCAGUGACUAUGACGUCUUCAAUGAAGGAAAGACUCAGAGCUUUUUUGAGUCUCAGCAGGCAGUGAUGACCAUAUGUACACACUUGGAGGGCAUCAACAGCAACAUUGAGAAUCUCUCCAAGAAUCAGCUGUUUGAGCAUUUCGACAAACUGCUACAGGUUUCCUUAUGGGGGAACAAGUGUGAUCUCUCUAUCUCUGCUGGCCAAGACAACUCCCAGAAGACCAGUCCAAUAGAUUCCCUCGUCAGCCUACAACCCUUGAUCUUGGUGAAUGACUCCAACACGGUAUGGUCAACUCUUAUUUCUGCCCAGACGCACGCACGGUCAGAGAAAACCACAGUCAGAGUGGACAUUGUUCUAGACAACGCUGGCUUCGAGCUUGUCACUGACUUGGUCUUAGCCGAUUUCCUGGUUUCCUCUGGCCUUGCCCAUGAGGUCCAUUUCCACGGCAAAUCCAUUCCUUGGUUCGUCUCUGAUGUCACAGCUCACGAUUUUCAGUGGACCAUCCAGCAGACCAUGGCGGCCAAUCACAAGUGCAUGUCAAAGAUUGGAUACCAGUGGAAGAGCCACCUGAAGGACGGCGUGUGGUCCUAUCACGAUCAUCCCUUCUGGACACAGCCCCAUGAGUUCUGUGACAUGGCCGCUGAUGCACCCGACCUGUAUGCUAACCUGCAGGGGGCAGACCUGGUGCUGUUUAAAGGGGAUCUCAACUACAGGAAGCUGGUGGGGGACAGAGACUGGGAUCACACAGUGGGCUUUGGUACUGCAUUACAAGGUUUUGGGCCUGCGCCGCUGUGUAGCCUGAGGACUCUCAAGGCCAACGUACAGGUCGGUCUGCAGCCUGGCCAAGCGGAGAAGCUCACCUCCCAUGAACCAGACUGGAUGACCUGCAGCAAAUACGCUGUCAUUCAGUUCUACAGCUCAAAGGCGGAACAGAAAGACUGAGCUCAGGAUCUCCCUGCGCACACGUGGAUUCAUAAGAACAUUACAGUAAGAAGUACCUUAAGGAGUUACCUUCAAGCCAUAAGACCAUUGAGUCAUUGAGGUUGUAAAAGGGUGUUUUGUUUUUCUUUUCGAAAGCUAAUACUUCAUCGUGUUAGAUGCACAGUAACAGAAAUGUCCUUAGCUUUUAUUUUCAUAACAUAUUUGUACCAUGUCAUACUUGCAAUGUUAGCACUUAAGUCAUGAUGUUUACAGGUUAAUGUAGAUGCUAUUAACAAUUCAUUAUAACAUUUUAAAUUGAUUGAUAAUACAUCUCCUUUCAGUGAUGAUUAAAGUAAUAUUUAGUUUGAUUUGAAUUCAGCUAGGUUGUUUAACUCGUUAAUUUGCAUGCAUAAAAACAUGCAGCCAUUUUAUCUUCACCUAAACCAGGUUCUCACAUAACUUUAUGACUCAUUCAAUUAUAAAGAUGUUAGUGUUAUUUGGGCAGAAUAACAGUAAGCAUGUGUACUUGUUUAGUUUAAAAUGGCAACCAAGAUUUCUGUAUAAAAUGGAUUAAAAUUGAUGUCUCUGUGCACACUGUUAUGUCAUCAAAUGAUCUUUGUCGUGGUGUCAGUACCUCAGAGGUCAUGUUACCUGGAUUCUUCUCAAUACUGCUGGGGUAAAUGAUCAGUUUCUCGAAUGGAUUUGAUUUAAUAAAGGUAAUUGACUGACUGAUAUUUUUCCCAAUGUCAUACUUUACAGGCUGAGGGACACAAGAUGUGGGAAAUAAUGACACUAUCAGAAUAAUCCAUCAGAUGGCUUUUUGUUAUCUAGUUCGUGACUCAAGAUGGUUUGUUCAUUUCAGCAAUUAUUUUGAACAAAAUCACCUUAUGUUGGGACUAAUGUUUCAAUAUAUGAGAAUCCAUUAGUUACAUUUUUCAUCAGUAGUUUGACAUUUGUCCUUGAUAUUAGUCAGUGUCGACCUAGCAGCUGGUAAAACUGCUACAUUCAUUUUAGGCAUAAUUCAGGCUGCUCACAUGCGUUGUGAAUUUGGUCUGUCAUAAAUAUCAAGUCAAUUAUGGCAAGAAGCAACCCAGCUUCUCGGGCCAUGUAGGUGAAUUAGCUGUUUCCAAUCUCACGCUUUUAUUUUCCUGUUUUCUAAUGCAACAGCGUCUCCAUUUUAUCCUGGGGGAAAUUCAAAGAAAUAUGUAUUGGAGCUACUUGUUUAACACUUGACCUGACAUGUUCUGAAAAUUGGGCUGUUUAUCCAAGAAAGAUGUUGCACAGAAGGGGAAUUUUUGGUCACUGUGCCAAAUGUUCACGUUGUCCUCCGAGGGGGAGGCUGCUGAUCUUAUUCAUCUUAUGCAUUUCCUGCCUUAUUGACUGUCAUCUGAAAGUUUCACUAGAAAAUUACUAUAUUGUUUUUCAAGCCCUGUAUUAUUCAAAUUUCUAUCAACAUUGAAUCCUUCAUCUAUACUGCACACACUGCUCCUUUGCUUUAAUUUGUUUAUAGUGUUCUAUCUCAUCCCUGACUUGUAAUCAUUACCUGAUAAUAGAGUAAUGAUUAACUUGUACAUAUUCUGCUCCUACGCAAUAUUGCAUCUUCCUUUUUAAAUAAAGUGCCACUAGAAAAAUA